AUGUCGGAGCCGCAUCACCGUCCGCGGCGGAAUCCGGCGUUUUCUACGACGUCGAAACUCGAGGUGCUGCGGGACGACGAGUCGAUCGUGUCGGCGUCGUCGCUGCGCUCGCUGUCGCCUGUGAAUGAGCAGCCCGCGUCUCGUGCACAGACGGAGCUCUUUGCGACGGAUGUGCGCGUGCGUGGAUGGCAUCGAGUCGGCACAGUGAUGCGUGGCUGGAUCGUGUAUGUCAUCUACAUUACGACACGGUCCGGCACGGUGAUCAAGAUCAGCAAGCGCUACAGCGCGUUUUUGUCUCUAUACGAGCAACUGGAGCACGAGUGCGGCGGCUGUGCGCUGCCACCGCUUCCGCCGCGGCACGUGGGGCUAUGGCAGCGGUAUCAUCCUCUGUUUCUGGAGGAUCGGCGACGUGCGCUGCAGCAGUGGCUGUGUGCGACGCUGCUGGACGAGCGCUGGGGCAACGCGGACGCAUACCGACGGUGGGUGCUGGAGCGCUAG